AUGUCGCUUGUCUCCGAUCAAGUACGGCGGCUUGAUGCCUACCUUGACCGUCUCCCAGUUCUAUCCGAAGAAGUCUCUGAGGACGAACAGUCCGAGACUGACGAGCAUGGGUUUGCCGUGACUAAUGCUCUCUCAUCCCCUCGUCUCGAUCAUCUGUUUCGUACCAUUCAAUCAUUGAGCACCACCUCCUCGUCACAACCUCUUUUACCAGUUUGGCGUAUCAGGAAUCUCCUCAUUAUAUCCGACAUCCCCGCCCCUGUAAGCCUUUCAGCAAAAGAGGCUCCAGAUGGUGUCAAAAGUCCUUACGAGAAUGAACUUGAGUGGUUGCUCGUAAGCAAAGCCACGAUUCAGCUUCACGGUGUUAUUCUAAACACACUUUUGGAUCAAAUCAUUCCUCUGAAUGAUGACAUCUGGUACUGGGAUGAUGUUCUGGGCUCGUAUUCCUACAGUAGUCUCUAUGCUGUUCAGACCUCGCCUCUACGUGUCUGGGCAUGGUCCCAAGACAUCUACAGUGCAACAAAACAACGUGUCCAAGCAGGUUCCCUGCAACAUGCUCCUGGAGAACUUGUAGAUUCUACUACGUCGGGCGUAUCACAGCAGUGGAAACAGUUUUAUGGUAUCGUGCAGGACAGCAUUCGGGAACGGUCAUUUGCCAAUAUUCAACGGAGAGUCUUAUCUCCUGUUGCUCUGGGCCGAUCCGAGGCUCGUCGAAAACAGGCACAACUCAAGAAGCUGCGAGAAAUCACAGCAAGCGGUCUUGGUGUACUGAUGGACGAAGGUCUACAGUUUGGUCUUGAUGAUGAUAAAGCCGAGCUUCAAGACCAUCACGAUCUUAAGGGUGUCGUCGAACGCAGCGUUGCGCUCAUUGAUAUGGUUCUAAAAGAAGUCUCUACUCUGGAUGUUAACAUCAGCGAUUUCGAGGAUAAGGUUUUCGCCGGUGUUGAAGAAGAUCCCGAGCUCUCUGUUCAUGUCGAGGGAAAUAACACUGCAGACCGACCUGCAAUUCUCGCCCGGCGACUACUCACCAUCAUUGACAAAUCUCUUCCUGAACACCUUGCUGCUAUGUAUGCUCUGGCUCAGGAAAACGGUCGACCCAGUCGUUACACUCGAUACUGGCUCUUUGCAACCAUUGGUCUUCUCUCUUCGACAACUGUCCUGCGUAUUCUCGUCAACCGAAAAGCUGAUAUUAUUCAGUGGUUUGUUGACUUUGGUACCACCAUUCGGGAUUUCUGGUUUAAUUGGGUUGUCGAGCCGACAUCAAAGAUCAUCUCAACUAUUCGACACGAUAAAACCAGUGAGAUUGCCAUCAUGAGUAGGGACAGCCUCAAGGCCGACCGCGAGAGCCUCGAACGCAUGGUGGUUGACUUCUCCCUCGACAAGCCACACUACGCCACUGAAACUGGAAGCAUCUUAUCUGAUACACAAAUUGCUGAUAUCAGGCACAAGGUUGCUGAAGGUGAUGUUACCCCUGUACUCCGAGCGUUUGAAAAAGAUCUUCGAAGCCCUUUCAUGGGUACCCUGCGUGGAGAUCUGGUCCGAUCACUCCUUAUCCAAGUUCAGAAGACAAAGGUUGACCUUGAGGUUGCGAUGACUGGCAUCGAUGCACUCCUCAAGAGCCAAGAGCUGGUCUUCGGUUUUGUUGGUCUUACUCCCGGUGUCCUCGUCUCAUACAGCAUCUGGCAGUACCUUCGUGGUUUCUUUGGUGGUCGUUAUGGUCGAAGUCGGUCCCGCAAGGGUGGCAAGGCUGUCCGUGUUCUCCGCAACGUAGACCGCAUUCUGUCUGAGGCCCGACCCACAGAGACCAAUCUUCUCUCGUACAAGGAUCAUGGUCUUUUGCUCUCUGAAGUCCAUAUCCUGAGGGAUCUCGUUGAUAGGCUCAUGCCCCGUGAAGUUGCCAGAGAGUUCCUUGAAGAUUUGGACGACCUGUCCAACAUGAAGGGCAUUCAGUUACAGACUAGGGCUUUGGAGCGUAUUCGGUGGGCUUAUGCGAGAUGGCUUCACUAG